AGGUUACUUUUAUUACGAUGUGUCCUGGCCCUAGAGCCCAGUAUAAUUAGGUCUGGAUUCAAAUCCUAGUUCUGAUUUUAACACGUUUUUAAUGAGUCUUUCGACUAUGCCGUUUCACCUCUUUGGACCAAGUUUCCUUACUAGAAGUAAGGGAAUUAGACUAUGCUAUCUUAAGGUCCCUAAAAUUUUAUUAUUCUUCAUAUUCAAAAGACCCAACUGUCAAAGAGCCUGACCUGUGGGUCGUGGCCAAGUUAUCACAAGCUCUUCAGAAGGAAAUCCUGUGAACAUAGGGUAAAGUGAACAAGAGAUUAAAAAUUCAUCUCCCACACAAUGCUCCUUUAACAGGAUGUGUACUUCUUUUGCGAAAGUGAUUCCUUAUUUUCUUCCACAAAUUCAUGACCAGUGCACACCUCAGAGACCUAGUUCAAAGCCCCUCUCUAGAAGGCACCCCCUUAUUGGCCUCCUUUGAUGUGCCAAAUGCCACACUGAGGGAGGGAAUUCACUGUACAAAUCACCACACAAUAGAAUGUUGAUAUUCAUUACUAUGGGGAAGAUGUAGAACUUGAUAGGGUUUAAGUCCCAGGAAAAACUUGGAGGGGGCUUGAAGUAAAAUGCCACUGUGUGAAACUUGGGCCCAUGACCUUUUCCUGGGACCGGUGUGGUCCAAUGGCUGCAAAUAUUGUCAACUCAAACUGAAUUGAGCAAAUGAUCUCCUUUAAUAAAACUGGCACCUUGAACAUCCUCAGAUUACAUUUAUAAUGUUAUGUUUGGCUCUGUAAAGUGUUAACUCUGUAAGGAGGCUGGUGGAGAGGCAUAUAGGAGGAGGAAUGCUAGAGAGUAGUAGUGAGGCAAGGGUGUAACCCCAAGGUAUAUCCCCUCCUUAGGAAGAGAAACCUUGGGAGUCUUUGAGUAGGAGUAACAAAGAGUUAGUUGCUAUGAAAGCUGGGAUGUGUUUGGUCUGGCAUUUGCCCUGGGCUGUUGUAUCCUCUCUCUAGAGCAGUCUUGAAGCUAGGAAGUCGAACAGAUGGUAAGGACCCAAUUAGGUGUCUGAGGGACAGAGAGAAAGAAGAACAGAGGUAACAUUGCAAAUAGGACAGGAGUCCAGAAGGAUAAGCCACACCUGCUGAGGUGACAGAAGAAUGAGGAAAUAAAAAAACAGCAUGUUGGGUGGGACCCACAGAUUUUUCAGUCAACUAAAUAAAUGCUUUUCUUGGAGUGUGGACUAGAUGUUAUCUAGUUAGUCACCUUUUAGCUGCAAGCUGGGCUUUCUCACUCCUCCUCAUAACUUUCCCCCUCAUUUAUUUACUAAAAUACUCCACAUUUAUACAUCAUCAUUGAUGUGCUAUUUACUAGCAUUGAUGUGGUCUCUGACCUUAAAGAUUUUACAGCCACAUUCAACCAACCAGAGCAGUAUAUAAUUAUACUUGUUCCUAUCUUUCCUCUCCAAGCCCCAUAAUCUUAUUUGUUAAGCAAACUCUUAUGUGUGGCUUGCCAUGUUUCAGGUAGUUUUCCAGAUAUUACAGAUGCUUACACACUUAAUGUUCAUAAAACCCUUUGGGGUAUGUGCUAUUAUUAUUCUCAUUUUAUCUAUAAGGAAACUGUGGGGAAUAGAAGUUGAGUAACUCUCCUAAGGUCAUAUAGCUAGUAAGUGGCAGAGUUGAGAUUUGAACCAGGGACUAUGGCUCCAGAGUCCACAGUCUUAACAAUUUAAUCAUGUUGCAUGGUCUUGAAUUUGGAUUGGUAUUUGUUCACAAAAAAAAAAGAAAAAUAUUUGAAUGAUGAAUGCAAGAUCUACUUUGAACUAAUUUACUGUUGGAGAGGAAAAUAGUUCAUUUUCUUUUCCUUUUUUUUAAAAAUAAAGCCAGUUGCUUCUAAGUUGUUUUUGAACCUACAUCAUUUCACUGUGCAGGAAAUGACUUGGGAGCAUAGGGUGCAAUGAGGGAAUGAUUUAAGUGUCCAUUAAGGUUUCUUUCAAAGCUCAGAUGAUUUCUGUGAAGCCAAAAGGAAAGAUACUGUUCUUGUGUUCUCCUGGGCUAAAGUGAUCCCCAAAUCUGCUAUUCUCUAGGUGGUUUUGCUCUUUUACUUAUUAAACAACUGCCGAUGGGAUACCAUUUAUGCACCAUUACUGUGCCACUUGAGAUGGGGAUCCAUGUACAUGAUCCAAAUACACGCAUAGUAUCUGCCAUUAAUGAGAUUAAAAUUUAAUGAAGGAGAAUAAACACACACACAUACCACCUUUAAAUAACAUUCACAAAUCUAGCAGUAUGUAAGCAAGCACCCAAACAAGGAAUUCAGUGGGUAAACUUUAUGGAAAGCCUGGCUUUGACUACAUGGGUAGACAACAUGUUGAAUUUACAUGCCUCGCAGAUUCUCUUAGUCUCAUCUGUUUCAAGGACUUUGACCUUUUCCAUUCAUCUGCUCUGCCUCAGCUGCUGAGCCUGAAAGAGUCUGUGGUCUAUGAGAUUCCACCACCCAAGACUGACCAGCUCCAUGCCUCUGGCUCCUCCUAUCACUUUGAGACUUGUAUGGAAUAUCACACUAUUUAGCAUGGGCUCUAUCUUCCUAAGCAGCUCUUAAUGGGUCCAGAAGAUACAACCAAGAAGAGAGUUGACUUUGGCAAAAGAAAAAUAGGAGCUGGAGAGAAUUUGGGCUGAUAUGUAUUCCUUCCCUUUCUUCCUUUAACAGACUCAUCUAAGACAUUUUCUCUUACCAACCUGUCUAGAGACAUUCUGGGUAGCUGAGUAUGUGACCUGCCAAGUGACUGAGAUUUUUCAAGCUCAUAGUGAAGUAGAAGCCAUUGUUGGUACCUGGUUGGUGAUUGUUACUGGCUGGUCGCUGUUUAUUGGUGUUGUGGUUAUUAUGGAGAUGCUUAUCUCUUCUUGCUUGUCAUCUUUCCCUGUCUCCCUUUCCGUUUUUUCACUCUUGUCCCAGGAUUGUACCUCCCUAAAUAAAGAAAUAUCCUAUAAUCAUUGCCCCAGUUUCUGUUUUCUAGAAGUUUUGGAGUAAGACAGAAGAGAGGACAAUCUUUGUAGAGUAUAGAAUAUACAAAAGAAUGAUCUGGAUUGAGAACAUUUAUGUUGGGAAUAGCUGCAGUCAAAUUUUAGAGGGCCAUGCUGAGAGACAUAUGGAUUCUUGGAAGGCUUUUGAGCAGAGGGGUGUCAUAGUGGAAACUGGGAUUUAGGUAGGUAGACCAGGUUGAAAUAAAAACUGGAUUGGCAGAGGUGGGGAGAUCUGGAGGCAGGAAGACUAGUUAUGAUUUUUUUUUAACAUCUUUAUUGGAGAAUAAUUGCCUUACAAUGUUGUAUUAGUUUCUACUGUAUAACAAAGUGAAUCAGCUAUAUGCAUAUGUAUAUCCCCAUAUCCCCUCCCUCUUGCGUCUCCCUCCCUCCCACCCUCCCUAUCCCACCCCUCUAGAGGGUCACAAAGCACCGAGCUGAUCUCCCUGUGCUAUGCGGCUGCUUCCCACUAGCUAUCUACCUUACAUUUGGUAGUGUAUAUAUGUCCAUGCCACUCUCUCGCUUUGUCACAGCUUACCCUUCCCCCUCCCCAUGUCCUCAAGUCCAUUCUCUAUGUCUGCGACUAGUUAUGAUUUAAGUGUGAGGGUGAAUGUAGGACCAAGCGGUAGAAAUUAAAUGGUAGAUGAGGAACCUUAGGAAGGCCUUAAGCUAUCUUGGUAAAAUAAGAAGUCAUUCACUAGAUGUGAGUAAGAGGAAGGUACAAUUAGGGGGAUGAGCAAGAGGAGAAUGUCAGUGUACCCUCCUGAGGUCACGCUCCUGAGCAUCCACGGUUCAGACUGGGUCAUGGUGCUUUAUGCUGGGCCUGGCUGUGUGGCUGUAGGUCUUCCUGUUUUCCAUCAAUAUGCUUUUAGGACACACACAGAAAUUCUCAUUUCAUGAUGAGUUGUGUACUAUAAAAAAAUUGCUGGAAGACUGAUCAGAUAUUUACAUGGUCUAUUCAAUUUGGAUCUUGUUAAUGAAAUUUUGUUAAUCUUAUAAAUUAAUUUGUAAACAGAUUAGUAUUGAUCUGUUAAAUUUUGCUAAUUAAAACUACUACUACUAUGGAAACUGUUAUUUACAGUACUUUUUAAAGAACAAACAGAUGAGCCCUGUGGUUAUAUAGCAGUUGGCUUUUCUUGCAAAGCCACAGUAACCACUGAACACUCAUGCACUCAUGACUUUUGUCUAGAUCUUGCUCUUCAUGAGGAGGCAGAAGUGGGCGGAGCCAGCCACGUAUUCAUUCUGGAUCUGAAAUGUCAAAGUGUGUGCUCAGUUUAUUUUUUGUAAUCCUUAACUACAUUUAAAAAUACUUUUGAUUACUUUUGUGUUGUUGAGUACUUUAUACACUGGCCAGUUAUUGAACACUUGAGUUUGUGAUGAAGUUCCUUGUGUCCAAGACUGUUUGUUUGCGUAGAAGGGAGAAUACUUAAUGUUCCAAAGCACUACUUGAGUAUAGUUUAUAUGCUGAGGCAGGUAGGCAGAGGUAAACUAUAAACAGGGGAGAUAAUAUAUCUACACAGACUGUGAGAUAAGGCUACUCAAAAAAGCCUUAAGUUAAAGCAAACAAACCAACCAGAAAUAUGAAGUGUUUGAUUGGUUGUGCAUGAUAUUAUGGUUUCCAGGGACUUGGAGUGUUGUCUGGCUAGUGACUCAGGAGUCUGCUUUUGACUCAGCUAGUUGGUCUUUCUGUGGUGGCACAGGUGCCAAAACGCAUCCUUUUUCAAGGGGUGGUAUUCCAAUAGAGGUGCCCCAUUUGUCUUUAUGUUGAUGUGGCGAUCGUCAUGCUUAUGAUGGGACCUCAUUUCCUUUGAGCCCUCACAAUUGCUUUUGCAGAGAUCAAGCCUGACCCAGAGAUACCUUGACCGUGAAGAAUGGUUUCAAUGAGGACAGAAUGACUUCUGACAGGAAGGUUGGGAGCUGUGACAUGCAGAAGAAAAAUGAAGCCAAUCAGCAUGGAGAAUCAGAAAUCCUAAAGAACCUGUUGGCAGCUUCUCCUGGUGAAGACAUAUCUUCCAUCACUGGUGAUCAGCUUCCUAAUUCUGACAGAUACAUCUGCCCAGGAAAGUACCUGGACCAAGAAUAACUAGAGAAGCAGCUAUGGAACGGCAAAACUCUUCCACUCCUCCAAGCUAUCUUUUUACCUGGAAAGAGAGGUCAAUAAUUAUUUCAUUCACAUGCUAUGGAAUGAGAAUGUAUGUUCUGUCAGCAGCUAAGAGCACAGAUCUGCUUGCUGAUCAAGACUGAAGUGAGGCCUGAGAAAAUGCAGAACUGAGAUUUCCCUGUUUUACUCUAUAAUACUGGGAUCAACAUUCAUUAGCUCAGAAGGAUCUAGAUGAAGGCCUGCUGGCAAGCAUCAGUAUAAGAUAGAAAAGGCCAUGUGAGGACAGUGAGAAGCUGUUGUCUGCAAGUGAAGGAGUCUCACAAGAAACCAGCCCUGUUGGCAGCUUGAUUGUGGACUUCCAGACUCCAGAACUUACGCGGGCCUCUCACUGUUGUGGCCUCUCCCGUUGCGGAGCAACAGGCUCCGGACACACAGGCUCAGCGUCCAUGGCUCACGGGCCUAGCCGCUCCGCAGCAUGUGGGAUCUUCCCGGACCGGGGCACGAACCCAUGUCCCCUGCAUUGGCAGGUGGACUCUCAACCACUUCACCACCAGGGAAACCCCCAGAUAUCAUCAACAAGACUUCUCUGAGAUGUGUACUGAGAAACAUACUGAAAUGCAGAGUUCAUAUCUAGAUGGGCACUGCCCACCCCUUACCCCUCAAGCCCAGUGGACCUCUUGCUCUCCUCACUUCAUCUCAGCACCUCCUCCCAGAGGACCUGAACUGACACAUCAGGGAUCCAUGCCACAUUAGAGGGCAGAGCAGUAAGAGCCAGAUGUUACUCUACACAUACUGGGUCUGAAUUGUAGCCCCACAAGAAGGCUAUGGGAUAGAGCGUUUGAUGAGUUCCUUUAGAUUGAGUUGUCAGCUGUGACCUCUCUGAGGAAGUGAUCUGAGCUGAGAUCUAAAAGGCAAGAAGGAGUCGGCUGUGUGAACAUCUGUGGAAAUGAAACAUCUGGCAUAAAGAUCUUAAGACCAGCAGGCUGACGAUGGCUCACUUCACACAUACCACUCAAGACUUCUGUACAGUGUAAAAUAGAAGAUCAAAAGCAGACUUCUCAUAAUGAGCAACUCACCUCCCAUUUGAAGGAUCAAAUCUUUUCUGAAAAAGUGUGGUAAGGCCAACAUUCAGUCACAUGCGGCAGAGCCGGGCACAUGGAGGACAGCUGACUCCACAGAACCAGGGACUUGGGUCUUUAAUGAGCUUUGCCUGCAUGGAUGUAGACAGCCUGCCUAUCCAACAGUGAGUUGAGAUCAGCCUCAGUCUACCCAGCAAGUGAGAGUGAAGGCUGGUGAUGUCCACAUGAAAAGUAACUCUUUUCUAGGUUUUGCAAUGGAACAGAUAUGGUUGCUCUUGCUUCUAACAAUUAGAGUGCUUCCAGGGUCUGCUCAGUUCAAUGGCUACAACUGUGACACCAACCUCCACAGUAGAUUUCCUGCUGAAAGAGACAUCAAUGUCUACUGUGGGGUCCAGGCCAUUACAAUGAAGAUUAAUUUUUGCACAGUACUUUUCUCCGGUUAUUCUGAAACAGACCUGGCACUGAACGGAAGGCAUGGGGAUUCCCACUGCAGGGGGUUCAUCAAUAACAACACCUUUCCUGCAGUGGUCAUUUUCAUCAUCAAUCUCAGCACCUUGGAGGGCUGUGGAAACAAUUUAAUGGUAUCCACAAUUCCUGGAGUCAGUGCUUAUGGAAAUGCAACUUCAGUACAAAUAGGAAAUAUUUCAGGAUAUAUUGAUACUCCAGACCCACCAACAAUCAUCAGCUACCUACCUGGACUUCUUUACAAAUUUAGUUGUAGUUAUCCAUUGGAAUACCUGGUUAAUAAUACCCAGCUUGCUUCGUCCUCAGCUGCUAUUUCUGUGAGGGAGAACAAUGGUACAUUUGUCAGCACUUUGAACCUGCUCCUUUAUAACGAUUCAACCUACAGUCAGCAGUUAAUUAUCCCGAGUAUAGGAUUACCUUUGAAAACCAAAGUAUUUGCAGCUGUACAAGCCACUAAUCUGGACGGCAGAUGGAAUGUCUUAAUGGAUUAUUGCUACACGACCCCAUCAGGGAACCCAAAUGAUGAUAUUCGAUAUGAUCUCUUCCUUAGCUGUGACAAAGAUCCUCAAACCACCGUCAUUGAAAACGGCAGGAGCCAGCAGGGCCGCUUUUCCUUUGAAGUGUUCCGAUUCGUGAAACACAAGAAUCAGAAAAUGUCCACUGUCUUCCUGCACUGUGUUACCAAGCUCUGCAGAGCUGAUGACUGCCCCUUCCUUAUGCCAAUUUGCGACCACAGAGAAAGGCGAGAUGCGGGGAGGAGGACCACCUGGAGCCCCCAGAGCACUUCUGGAAAUGCUGUCCUUUCUGCAGGGCCCAUCAUUACUCGGAGUGAUGAGACUCCAACCAACAAUUCACAGCUUGGUUCUCCAAACGAACCUCAUUUCCAGCUGAACGCCAUCACCAGUGCGCUGAUAUCAGGAAUGGUCCUUCUGGGAGUCAUGAGCUUUUCCCUCCUCCUGUGCUUACUGGCCCUUCUACACAGGAAGGCACCCACCAGUUUGGUAUUGAACGGCAUACGAAACCCAGUCUUUGACUGACUGUCACAGUCCCCUGCUCUCGGGAGAAGGCUUCACUGGCUCUACAGUGACUGCAGUCAGUGUUCUAUCUGAAUUGAAUGCCAGCCAGCAUUUGAUAUUUGUAGGUUUGAUAGACUUCAGUGUAGCUUGUUAGCAUGACAAUAGUGAGAGAAUUUUGAUAAUAUUGCUCUUGUCACUUACGUUUGUGGUCAGGCCUGUUUGUAUGGCACCCGUGGGUAUACUGAAAAUAAGCAAACAACAUUCAGGACUUAGAUCUUACAGGAUCCGUCAUUAUUUCAUUUCAUUUCAACUUUCUUUUGAUUAUUGGUUUUAUAGAUAAAAGGUGACCAUAGGAAAAAAAAUAAAUUUGUUGCAAUUUUAUCCCCUAAGCAUUAAAAUCCACUGUGAUGGCAAUUAGAUUUGCAUAUGUGGUCCUGAAAUGAAAGUUGCUUUUUGUUUUAUUCCAGAUAAUUGCAGCUUGGGGAUAGGUUUUAAUUGGACCAGCCAAUUUGGACACCUGAGAUUUAAUUUCUCAUUCUAUGACCUCCUAUGUUUUUGGCUGAUUUCCGUGUCUGAAAACAUUCAUUUGAAAAACAAAAAUACAACUCUUGGGUAUUGUAUCCUAACCUGGAGGGAGCAUCCAUUUGUGUAGCAAACACUAAAAUUAGUCGUUAACCUCUAAAGGAUACUGACACUAGGUCGUUAUUCAUUUGAUAGAAGAAUCUGUGAUCCGUUUUCUCCUGGUUCAAGUGAGAACAUCAACACGUGUUCCCUCUGCUCCCAAGUAAACCACUCAGCUGCUACUGCAGCUGUGCUUCCAGACUGCAAAGAUUAUUCUUAAUUCAGGAACCAUUACAUGGGAAAACAAACAGUAGUUGUGGGAGAGGACAUCGUCCCUACACACAAGCAUAGCGUUCCUAUGUGGGUUUUUAAAAACCUAAGUUCCAUUUUUUUCCCCUAGAACAAAGAGGAAACAGGUUAAAUGUUUUUGCAGAAUUUUGUUGGAGUCUCCAUGAAAAAAAUGUCGCUUUUCUUACAAAUUUCUGAUGUAGACAAAACAUGUAGUCUGGAGGAGGCCUACUUUUGCAGGUGUCUCCUUUAAGGCAUCAUGAUUGCCAUGGAAGAAACAGUAUUUUCCUCUAAUAGUAAACUGCAAGAAGCAUUUUAUUUUUUAUCAGUUUUGCAAAAAAUUUUAAAAAGCCAAGUUUUAAGCUUAUAUUCUUACCAAAAAAUCAAGCUUCCCUUUGUUCAAUCUAUCUACACAAUGGAACAAAUAAAACAAUUCAAUGACAAACACCAGUACCUAGCAUGUGCAGCUACUAGAAGUGCUGUUUAUAACUGUAGAAAUUGCUGUAGAGACUAAUUGUUAUUCAACAUUUGUGACCUAUUAUUCAGGACUUAAUUUUAGUAUACUACAUGCAAAUCACUAUGCAAGCUUAGAUUUGUUUCAAAUGAAGUGUCUAUGCUCUGAUGUUAAUAAUUAAAUCAAUCAUCAAAUCAAAAAAAUACCUUUUCUCCAAUUUGCCUGAAUAGUUCAGAAGAAAGUAUUUAUAUUACUCUAAUUAGCUAUAUAAUUGCCUCAACUUUCUCUUUCAAGGUAUAGACACAGUCAGAGGGAAAUAGGUUUUGAAAAGUCUCCUGAUAACUUCUUCAAUAUAACAGAGUCACAAACACUUAAAAAGCCAAUCUCCUCUUCCUCAUGUUACUUCAAAAUAACUUUGAAGUGACCAUUCUGAACUUUAUCAGUGUUAGCAAUUUAUUUACAGAUUUAAAGGGGGAAAUCUUACAGAAAAAAAUAUGGACCAUGCUACUUAUGUGACCCUCCAUGUACACGGAUAGUAUUGAAAUAUUCUGGUAAAUCUAUUUCAGAUACUUUAAGUGAAUUGCCAUUGAUCCAAGGAUUAAAUCCUGUGAAUAGUACAUUAUAUCAUUGAAACUGGUUUGUCAGUUUGAUUUUUGUGCUUUGGGGAUAGUUACUGUUUCAGCUAUUAACUCGUUAAAUUCUAUACACCAUUUUCUAAAACUGAAUAAUGCACAUAUCAGUUUGCAAGUAACUUAAAUCUCAUAUUAUUUUUUGCCACCUUUAUAACAUAAGUGGGAUGUCCAAAGCUAUAAUGAGACAAACCAGGUUUGCUUUAAAUAGCUUUGUUCUUAUAAACCUGCAGUUAUAUGUAGUAUUUAGUUAUACUGAAUAUUCCAGUUACUAUAGCGUGAAAACCUUACAAAAUAUGUGCAAAUAUUCCUUCAGUUUUAAUACCUCAAACUGUUUUUUGCAUUUCAGGGGUAAGGUCUGAUGACAUGUAAAAGAUGAUUGUUCAAUAAAAUAAUUGUAAGUG